CUUAAUCACACUAUAAAACACCCCAUUCAAUGAGUUUAAAGUUCAAACUCAAGAGUAUCAAAUUAUAACAUAAUUGUAAAUCAUAUACUAGUAUUUCAAUAUUUGUAUUCUUCUCAAUAAAUCAUGGAAAAUGUAAAGCUGUUUGGAACUUUGCCAAGCCCAUUCAGCUAUAGAGUGAUUUGGGUACUUGAAUUAAAAGGCAUAAAAUAUGAUUAUAUUGAAGAAGAUCUUGCUAAUAAAAGUUCAUUGCUUCUACAAUACAAUCCAGUUCAUAAGAAAAUCCCAGUUUUAGUUCACAAUGAAAAACCAAUAUGUGAAUCCUUAGUUAUUCUUGAGUACGUUGAAGAAAUUUGGCCUCAUCAACAUCCAUUAUUACCCAAGGAGCCUUAUGAAAGAGCAAUGGUUAGAUUUUGGGCCAAAUUUGCCGAUGAAAAGGGCAUAGUUAUCUGGAUACUAUUUCGAACCACAGGGGAGGACCAAGCCAAAGCUAAGAAAGAGUGCUUUAACAUGCUAGAAACAUUAGAAGAGCAUGGUAAUCUAGGAACUAAUACAUUUUUUGGAGGUGAAAAUGUUGGACUAGCAGAUCUUGCAGUUGCCAGUGUAAUACAUUGGUUGGAAGUUAUUGAGCAAGUAUUGGAAAUCAAGUUAUUUGAAGGCACUACUUUCCCAAGCUUGUAUAAUUGGUUUAACAACUUAAAGGAUGUACCAAUUAUCAAGAGCAAUAUCCCUGAUCAGCACCAAAUGUUUUUGUCCUUCAAGAAGCAAAGAGAAACACUGAUGGAUUCUACCGCUACGUGACACAAAAUGCUCCGUACUAUUUAUGAUUAGAGUUGUCUAUUCGGGUGUUUGGGUCAAACUUGCUUCAAAGUUAGCUAUGUUGAUUUGAAUCAUACCGAUCAAUUAUAUCAUGUUAUAGUUUUUCCUCGU